AGUGCUUCUCACUCAUGACGCCAGUUGUAAACUAGAGUUGCUCCUGGCUUGAGGUGUUUAUUUUUCAAUGAGCCAAAUCACCAGAAACUGCAGCGUUUGGAUGUCUGACUCCGCCGUAAAUGAAAGUUCUUGCUGUGAAGAUGGAAAUCCAAUUCCACUGCCUUUGUCAGCGAGUGUUUGCCGUCAGUGGACGUAGCAGAGGAGCCACGGGUGUCAAGUGAAGCUACAGCUCCCAAACAUGCGACAACAAUGAAAACAUCCAGAUUCACUGCCUCACUUUUGCCAUGUUUUCCAACCCUCUGAGACUGCACGGAAUGGUCGUGUCCUCGGGGGGCCACGGCAACUGGCCCUUAACUGCAUCCUGGGGGCCGCAAGUGGCCCGCAGACCUCACACUUGAAAGGUCGGUGUAUGUAUUCUGCUCUCUCAGUGACGAAUGCUGUGGCCCACACAGAGGUCGGCAUUGAGAUGGUGCCGCGGAGGCACAUCUGACUGCACUCCCUAACUCAACAUGGGUGGAUGGUAGUCGUGAUUUCGGAUGAGGGGAAUGAGGCUUCAGCAUGACUAACCAUCAGCAGAAACAACUGUUUGAUUUGAGGUUCCUCGCACAUGGGACUGAACAAUGAGCCAGAACUGAUUUUUAUAUGACCAAAUGCAAGUAGAUCCAUCAUGUUUGUUUCCCUUCUGUCUUUGUCUGGCUGAACUCUCGUUCAUUUUCCCAGAAAUCAGGUGCUCUCAUGGCAAUACCUCAGCCUGGUAGUCACCAGCCCCGGGGCGUGACUCUCAGCAAAGAUCUGCAGGUGAAUCGCCUUCCUCGACACAGGAUAACAAUGCCGUCAGGGGGAGGGAAGAUUGUGUUGGUCUUGUUUAUCCAGUAAGUUUAUGCAGUAGAUUCAUUCCAAGCCAAUCAAGUCUCGCCAACAUUUGGGCACCGAGUCGGGACAUCCCAGUCUAUACGGCGUACAUACAUAUAAAUAUCACAGCUUGAUGUUGCACUGUCACUAUCAGCGUCCACUCAGCAGCAGAGCACUGAAGGAUUGUGAAUCAAAGACCCAACAUGUCUUCAUCGUUGAAAGCAGGUGACCUCGUGGAAAUAAAGAGACCUCUUUAUGAGCACUGGGGCGUGUACGUUGGCGACGGCUUCAUUGUUCACCUUGCUUCACACCCUGAUGUUCCAGCUGCAGUCAGCAGCAGUGUGAUGGCCUCAUCCAGCAGUGUGUGGUGUAUGGUGAAGAAGGAGCAACUGAGUGCUGUCGCAAAAAACAACCCAUGGAGAAUAGCCAAUGACCUGGAUGGAAAGCGCAACCCUCGGCCUGCCCACGUCAUCGUGCAGGACGCCUGUGCUCUGGUGGGGCAGACCAUGACGUACAAGCUCACCACCAGUAACUGUGAGCACUUCGCUAACAAGCUGAGAUACGACAUGCCUGUGUCUCUCCAGGUAGUGACUGGAACAGUUGGCCUCUUGGCCAGCAUCACAAUGGGUUUGGGGCUUCUGGCCACGGUUGGGUGGAUGAUUACUCGCCAUUCUAAUUAACCAUGAAUUGUUGAUACUCCAGCUCACACAGUCCUGCCACGAACAUCCUGGGAGCCUCGACCCGUGUCAUGACUAUACUGUGGAGUUUUAAUAAAAAAAGUUGAU